CCCAGUUAGACACCCUUGACAUAGGUACCUAUGUAUUAUAUAUGAAUAUGCAUUAAUUUGAAACACAAAAUAAAUAAAUAUAUUGAUUGUGAGAAAGAGAAUGAAACGUAUGCUCUUUAAAUAAUUACGUUUUAAAAAAUCUAAAACCAAUCAUAAUACAAUAUAUGAAAAGUUAAAUGUGAUUGGCUGGUGUUCUUGACACUUUGACUUCUGUCUGUAUCGUAGUAUGGGUCAUAUGAUACUGUCAUUCAGCGGAACAAGAAAUUUGUAAAUUAUUAUCAAAUAUUGUUCCUGUUAAAAGUUGUUACGUGCCUUAUAUAUGCACAAGUGAGUCAAAGUAUCGUCACUGAAUAUUAGAACAGUUUCGAACGUCGUAUAACAAUGUCGUUUUUUGGCAAUCCAUUCUCAACACUAGUAGGCCAGAAGAUAGAGCAAGCUACAGAUGGUAGUUUGCCAAGUGAAAAUUGGACGCUUAAUAUGGAAAUAUGUGAUAUUAUAAAUGAAACAGAGGAUGGGCCAAGAGACGCAAUUAAAGCAAUUAAGCGUAAACUCAAUCAAGCUGCAGGAAAAAAUUAUACCAUAGUCAUGUAUACUCUCACUGUAUUGGAAACAUGUGUGAAAAAUUGUGGAAAACGUUUUCAUUCUCUUGCUUGUUCUCGAGAGUUUGUACAUGAAUUGGUUAAAUUAAUUGGACCAAAAAAUGAACCACCAACAGCAGUGCAAGAAAAAGUUUUAAGUUUGAUUCAAACAUGGGCAGAAACAUUCCGCCAUCAACCACAUACUCAAGGAGUUGUACAAGUAUAUCAAGAGUUAAAAGUAAAAGGCAUACAAUUUCCAAUGACAGAUCUGGAUGCCCUGGCCCCUAUUAUUACUCCGGAGAGAAGCGUACCUGAAUCAGAACAGAAUAUUAUUAAUGUUCCCACAACUGAACAGCAGCCUGUGACUUCUUUAACUACACAAGUUCAACAACCUCAAAUUCAACCAGCGAUGCAAGUAACUCAAUUGAAUGAACAGCAAAUAGCCAAGUUACAAAGUGAACUUGAUUUUGUACAAGGGAAUAUGCGUGUUUUAUCAGAAAUGUUGAUAUAUUUUACAAGUUCGGAUCAAACUAAUAACCAACAACCAGAUGCUGCAGAUCUAGAACUUUUAACUGAACUGCAUUCAACUUGUAAAGCAAUGCAAGAAAGAGUUGUCGAUUUAAUUGGAAAAUUAGCACACGACGAAAUGACAGCGGAAUUAUUGCGUAUCAACGAUGAAUUAAAUAAUCUAUUUCUACGUUAUUCACGAUACACAAAAAAUAAAGCAGUAGCUGCUAGUACUAUUUUAGCGCAAACGAUUGGUCACCCACCAAAUAAAGAUUCUAUUUCAACAUUUAGUAAGCAAGAAGCUGAUUCGCUCAUAGAUUUAUCUGAUGAAAUUGACGCUUUGGGAAAGCAGGUGACAGGAAUAGACGUAUCCGAAAACAGUGAGAAAAGUAGAACAGAUCGAAAAGAAAGAAAAGAAGGUGACAAUGACGAAUUUGAUAUGUUUGCACAGUCACGUAAUGCAACAUAUGAAACAACAAAGAACAGUGGUAGCAAGUAUGAGGAUAAUAUGGAGCAGGUGAGCGGAGGAAGCCUCAGUACAGCGAUUCUCAGUCGCAAUAAUCCUAAAUAUCCUCAUCAGAAUGCUUCUACAGUUGCUUCUACUACCGCUACUUCUCUGAACCGGGAAUCUGAAUUUAAUGAAAUGGCAGCUUGGUUAGAUCACACGCCAGGAGCGCACGGUGAUCAGGAAUCCUUAACAUCAUCCGAAUUUGAACGUUUCUUGGCAGAACGAGCAGCUGCAGCCGAAGCUUUACCAACUCUCCCUACAACUACUACCGCUACAGGAAAUACUACCAAUUCCGGAAACUCAAACAUUCAGCGUCAAAUUAAUAAAGAUCAAGAUAAAUCUUUAUUUGCUCUUUAAAUACUGCUUUAACAUUCUAAGUUUCUUAAAGAAGGUAGAAAUUAAUUUUCGAAUGAUUCAGUCGUGAGAGAUCUCUAAUAAAUAAUGCUUCUAAUAACAUCUUGAGUAUUAGAAACAUUGACAAAUUAAAUCCAAAAUAAAAGGAAAGAAGAUUAAAAAGAGCGACCGUGCUAUUCGCUUGUAUGUACUUAAAACUAUAAUUGACACUAUGCAACCAUAAAUUAGCAUUUCUGUAUGGUGUAAAAAUUUAAUAACAAUGAGUAACUUAUUUUACAUUUAAAAAUGAUCGUUACAUAUAAACAUUAUGUAAUAUGAAAAUAGAAACACUAAUUUAUGUUAUCUGUAUAUAAGGAACACAUUGUAUCCAAAAUAACAUUUAUGUCACAAUGUAUUAUAUCUCAUGCCUUGAAAUCACGUGACAA